GGAAGUACUACGUGAUAAUAGUCUAUGUCUAUUAGCUUGACAUCGAGAACGGCAAAACUUGUUACGGAGCAAAUGAGUAUAUAUACAUAUAUAUAUUCAGAUAUUUUCUAUGCCUUUGUUUAGCUUUCGCUCUGAAGCUCUUACGGCAGAUUGGAGGCUUUAUUGCCAUUAAACCCUAAAGUCGCCGGUUUAAGUGUCAGUCUUCAUUCAGAGGGAUACUCUACAGCACCUGUCGCGUCAAGGGCGUAUCCUGACAGCUCCUCUACGUGGACAUUUCGUGUUCAGUCCAUAUCCGGCAGUGCGCAUUAUUGAUACGGAAUGUCUCCUAUCAAGGAUUUUAAAUUGAAAUAUGAAGCUCUCAAUAAGGAAAAUACUUUCACGGCGGGGGAUACAAUCAAAGGGACGCUUACUUUCACGUUGACUGAAGAAAUAAAAAUAAAAUCACUGUACAUGAAGGCUAAAGGAGACGCAAACGUACACUGGAGUGAAGGGCAUGGUGGUCAUCAGAGAUCUUACUCUAAACGUGAGAGAUUUUACAAAGUUAAAGAGUUUCUAGUUCCUGAAAAUGAUGAUGAAACUGUUCUUCCAAAGGGAGACCAUCACUAUAAGUUCAAGCUAAAAAUACCAGAAGGAUACAUCCCACCAUCCUUCAGGGGUUUACAUGGCAAAAUUGUCCAUGUGCUUCAGGCAAAACUGAAAAGGAGUUGGCACAUAUCUACUUCAGAAAAAAAAGAACUGAAUUUUGUGUCUAGAUCUUUUUUACCUUCUGACCAGUCUCCCCAGUCUGGUUCAAUCGAUAAAAAGGUGGGGACGUUCUCCAAAGGUGAAGUUCAUUUGAGUGCAACUGUGAACAAAAGGAUUGUCUCACCAGGGGAAACUGUUCAUGUUACUGCCAAAAUCAGGAACAAAUCUUCCAAGAAAGUACAGAUCAAGUACAGUAUUGAUAAAAAAACUGUGUACCGUGCAUACCGUAAUGCAAAGAUACAUAAUGAAGCUGUGUGCAAAAUUGCUGGAGAGAAUAUUGAUCCUGACUUUGAGGGUGAGUUCUCCUGCUCCAUCACAGUUCCUGCAGAUAUCAAGUUCAGCAUCCAGAACUGUGACAUCAUCAACAUGGAGUACUAUUUGAAGGCAUAUUUGGACAUCAGUUUUGGUAUUGACCCUGAAGUGUCGCUUCCACUCAUCAUUGCUGCUCCAGAUCUCAUUGGCCAUCAUGGUUUCCAAAAUGUCCCUGGGACAAUAGGUGGUCCAAGCUCCAGUGAUUUUCCUCUACCUGUCUCUGGUCCUUAUCCUUCAGGCCCACCAAAUGCAUAUGUAUACCCUCCACCUGGUCCUAAUCAAUAUCCACAUAUCCCUGCUGGAGGAUACUACAAUCCUGUUCCAGGCUACAACAAUCAAGUGCCCCUGCAGCCUCUGCAGCCCCUCCAGCCCCUCCAGCCCCUGCCACCCCUGCCGCCCCUGCCUUAUGGGUAUCCAGGAGCGCCUGUAAUGCCUUGCCCAGGGCAGCCUCCACUCAAUACAAUGAAUGCUCCACAAGACGAGGCACCGCCAUCUUACACGUCUCUCUACCCACCUUCACAAAGUGACAUGGUCAAAAAGACAAAUCUUUAAGUGCUCAUUAUUAAAUAAAUAAUGUACCAAUACAAGUGCAUGCACAGCUUAGUUUCUGCACCCUAAAGUCUUCAACUGACAGGGACCAACUAUGUUACUAUUGUUGUUACUAUUGUUUUUGACUGCUGUUACUUAUCUUGUAUAAAUACCUCUGCACGUAACAUGCACAAUUUUAUAAGGCACUGUCAUCUUUAAUUUAAGUUCUUAAAUAAACAUUUUAACUAACACAA